CUCCAAACGUGCAGUACGGCGGAUUAAACAAGCAGUGUUGUUAUUCACAAUGUUGACGGUUUUGUCGCUCGGAGUUGUAGUUUUUCCUGGACUAUUUGUUAUAUGUAAUAAGGCUUUAAACUCACAUUUCAGAAACUGGAACGAUGCGGAGGUGGUUCAGUUAAGUGGAAGGGUGGUAUCUACCGUCCAUGCCAUCCUCGCCACCAUAUCUGGCGUCAUCAUUGUAACGUCCUGUGCGGGUAACGUAAUGACUGACAGACACAGGCUAGCUACAGACUUUGUGUGGUUCGGAGCUCCAUACAUGGCUUAUGACAUUUACGUCAUUUAUGUGAAUCAGUACUACAAGGAGAAGGCCAAAGGGAUUGCCAUAUACAACGAACGUUAUUUUAGCCGAAUUAAACGGCUCCUAUUGAAAGAUAUCCUAAUAGUAAUUCACCACGUGGCAUUACUGACCAUCUUCAUGCCCGUUGUUCUGUUCUUCCGGAGGGGUCUUGGAGACUUCUUCAUCGGCUGUUUUUUCACAACAGAACUAAGCACCCCAUUUUUAAAUUUAGGCAAGACUCUUAUCCAGCUGGGACUGGAGGAUAGUAAGCUACACAAAAUCAACGGCUUGAUGGUCCUGCUAAGUUUCUUCACUUGCCGAAUCUUGCUUUUCCCCUUCAUGUACUGGGUGUAUGGUUGUAGCUACAACAUUCCCAUCCUCAGUGUUCCCUACCAUAUUCCUCUGCAUUGUAACAUAGGAAACAUCUGUCUGCUGGCACCGCAGGUCUACUGGUUCUCAUUACUGUGUCGAAAAGCAUGUCGCCUUUACUCUCGCCAGAACAAGCCACAGAGAGCUACCUCUAAAGACAGCUUAAAGUCCUCUUAGAAAUCUGCCUUUAAACUGAAACGGUCAUCCUAGCCAUUAAUCUUGGCGUCCUCUUUCUUCUGUGAUUCACCCAGGAUCUUACAGUGAACACGACCCUGCACAGUUACAGGAUAAAUUACACUAAGGAAGGGUGUUUGGAUGUAUGGGUAGUUGUCAGAACAAAGGAUGUGUUGAAUCAAAUAUCUAACUAAAUCUGACCAACAUUUUUGCAUUUUAUCUGCUGCCUGACAAGUGUCUUGAAUUGUUUCACUGUUGGAUUUUCAAAUGUCAAGUACAAAAAAUAAAUCAAUACCAAUACAGUAUAUCAUUAUCCGAAGGUAAAUGUUACACUAGCAAUUUUGUCUGUAGAUGUCAUUUCUGUGUUGUUGUGUUGUGUUU